AUGGCUUCUCACUACAGCCCCUCUUUCUUCUUGUUAUUACUUGUCACUUUGUCGUUAACAAGCUGCUACACAAUUCAAGCAGAAGCACGCCAUCUUCUUGAAGUAACUAUGCCCGAGCUUCCUAAGCCUGAAUUGCCACAUCUUCCGGAAAUCCCAACUUUUCCUAAGCUUGAAUUCCCUGAAAUUCCAAAACCCGAGCUGCCAACUCUGCCGAAGCCCGAGUUUCCAGAAAUACCAAAGCCGGAGUUACCAACAUUUCCAAAGCCUGAACUACCAACAUUUCCAAAACUCGAGAUUCCUUCCAUUCCUAAGCCUGAGCUACCAACUUUGACUAAGCCUAAAAUCCCUCAAAUGCCUCAGAAGCCUUGA